AUUUCUCAAAUAUUUUGGAAUGACAGCCGACAAGACAUCGCACAAGAUCAUAGGUAGUGUUUCAUAAAGAAAUCGGCAAAAUGCCUGAGAAGAAAAGUGCUGCAGAGACAAACAAUGUGCAGGUGUGUGUCCGCUGUAGGCCGCUGAAUUCAACAGAAGAAAAGCAAGGAUGUGUAAUGUGUGUCAAGGUUGAUGAGGUGAGGGGAAGUGUGACGGUAAAAAACCCAUCUGCCUCACAAGGAGAGCCCCCAAAGACCUUCACCUUCGACACGGUGUUCGCCCCCAACUGUAAACAAGUGGACGUGUACAACAAGACAGCCAGGCCCAUCGUGGACUGUGUACUGGAGGGCUACAAUGGCACAAUUUUUGCAUACGGACAAACAGGAACUGGGAAAACCUUUACCAUGGAGGGUGUGCGGACUGUACCGGAGCUCCGAGGAAUCAUACCUAAUUCCUUUGCCCACAUAUUUGGUCAUAUAGCCAAAGCAGAAGGUGACACAAGAUUUUUGGUGAGAGUAUCAUACUUGGAAAUCUACAAUGAAGAAGUACGAGAUUUGCUUGGAAAGGACCAGCAUCAAAAACUAGAGGUGAAAGAGAGGCCAGAUGUGGGAGUGUACGUCAAAGAUCUGUCCAACUUCGUGGUAAACAAUGCCGACGACAUGGACAGAAUCAUGACCAUUGGAAACAAAAACAGGGUAGUUGGGGCCACCAACAUGAACCUACACAGUUCCCGGUCGCAUGCCAUCUUCACCGUGACCAUCGAAUGUAGUGAGAAAGGACCGGACGGCAAACAGCAUGUGCGUGCUGGCAAACUUCAUCUUGUGGAUUUGGCUGGAUCAGAGCGACAGGCAAAGACUGGAGCAACAGGACAGAGACUGAAGGAAGCCACUAAGAUCAACUUGUCUCUGUCAACCCUCGGCAACGUCAUCUCAUCCUUGGUGGACGGAAAGAGUACUCACAUUCCAUACAGAAACUCCAAACUCACUCGUCUGUUACAAGAUUCACUGGGCGGCAACUCCAAAACUGCUAUGGUUGCUAAUAUAGGGCCUGCUGAUUACAACUAUGAUGAGUCCAUCAGCACUCUGCGUUACGCGAACCGUGCCAAGAACAUCAAGAACAGUGCUAAGAUCAAUGAGGACCCCAAGGAUGCCCUGCUGAGACAGUUCCAGAAGGAGAUUGAAGAGCUCCGGAAACAGCUGGCCGAGGGUUCGGAUUACGAGGGCAGUGGUAGUGAGGAAGAAUCAACAGAUGAAGAAGGGGAGCCCGGGGAAGGCAGGACAAGAAGGAAGAAGGGGAAGAAAAAGAAAGGUGGUGGAGCAGGAGGUGGUCAAAAGAAAAUUUCCAAGGAAAAGAUGGCCGAAAUCCAGGCGAAGAUUGAGGAAGAUAGGAAGAUGUUGGAGGAGAAGAAGGAUAUGGCAGAGGAGGACAGGAACAAGGUGAAAGAGGACCUUGAAGUGAAGGAAGCCGAACUCAAGAAGUUCCAGGAUGAACAAGACCAGCUGACCCAGAAGUUGGCGGCCAUUGAGAAGAAGAUCAUUGUUGGUGGGGAGAAUCUGCUAGAGAAGGCUGAGGAGCAGGAGAGGAUGUUAGAGGAGAGUGCCAUGGAACUAGAGGAGCGUAAGGUCAAAGAGGAGGAGCUGAGGAGAGCACUGCUGGAGAAGGAGCAAGAAAGACUUGAUAUUGAAGAGAAAUAUUCCUGUUUGCAAGAAGAAAUCACAGGCAAAACCAAGAAGUUGAAGAAAGUUUGGACAAUGCUUAUGCAAGCAAAAUCUGAGAUAGCCGAUUUACAACAGGAGCAUCAACGGGAGAUGGAAGGUUUACUGGAAAAUGUUCGCCAACUCAGCCGAGAACUUAAAUUACAGAUGACGCUGAUUGACACCUUUAUACCUGCCGAGUACCAGGAAAUGAUAGAGGACCAUGUCCACUGGAAUGAUGACAUUGGGGAGUGGCAGCUCAAGUGUGUGGCCUACACAGGGAACAACAUGAGGAAACAGACGCCCCAACCGGACAAGGAGAAGGAUCGGUUCCAGGAGCCAGACCUAUCCAAUGUUUAUCUCGCUUACACUGCUGAGGGGGCAGAGCAAGCCCUACGAUCUAAAUCAUCCAAGAUGUCUCGACCCAAAUCUGAACGACCCAAAACUGGCAAUCGACCCAAGAGCUCAAAGAAGAAGAAGCCGGACCCAAGUAUAGAUUCUGUGUUACAGUGACUAUAUACAGCAGCUGUUGUGCUGUUUAUAAUUAAACUAUUUAUGUUUGUGCAACAUUUCUCGACCCUUCUGAAAUGGGUGGUGAGCUGAACUGUAUUUCUAUCUACUUGGAAAAAAAAUAUGGAUGAUUAGGGUAGAUAUUAUUAUCAUAUCAUCAAAACUAGUGUUGUGAUCUUCUGGAGAUUGUGAUUCUUACAUUUUUCAACAAUUUUCAUUGACAAGUACAGAUGUAUUAGUAAUGCAAAUUGAUUCGUGUAGAAUUAUAGAAUUGGAUGCUGUAGCAAUGAAUUUCAGGUACUGGGUAAUACCUUCUUCUUUUGGAGCCUGUGGUCCAUAUAUCGUAAAUGGAAAAAAAUCUCAUGCCUCAAUGUGUAACGUUUACAAAAAAAUCUAUUACCAGUAUGCAUGAUUCUUUUACAGGAAAAAUAUGUUGUUUCUCUCUAGGCAGGAUAAAAAAGAUCUUAUACUAACUAUGAAAUGAGGGCUCCAGACUUAACUCAUUCACCCCUGAAGACACAUUUGAACUCUUCCAAUUCAAAGGUUGGAAUAGUUCAUUAUGAAAUUUCAGGGGUGAAUGAGUUAAAAUCUUAAAGUUAAAUCUUUUCAGUCCUUUUUGGCUACAUUUCAGCAUUUUUAUUGCGAUAAUGAUUUUUUUCCAGAUAUUUACAUAAAACAUGAUGGCUUUUGAUGUCAAUGUUGUUUCUGAAUGACUUUAAAUCUCAACAUAAAGAAAUUUUGGUUAAUGUGAAAUUUUAUUAUUUAUGACAAAAUUUCCAAUGGCAUUUUUUUAACGUUCCUUAUGAUUUAAAAUAACAAUGGACAUGUACUGAGUACUAUUUCCUUUGUCAAUUUUGAACCUAAUUGUCAAUCAUUUUACUUGUGAUGUAGCAUUAGUGUCAUGAAUUUCUGUACUUUAUAUAUAAUGUCUGAUUUUGUACAAAUAUACAUUAUUAAUGUUAGCAUGUGAGUUGGAAGAGAGAUUUUAUUCAGAUAGGGGUAUUUCCCUGGUUUGUUGGGAGAUGCUAAGAUUUAUGUCAUCUUUGACAAACAAGUGUUUCUGUGAUUGAGCAAAGUCCCACCUAAUUCUGAUGAAUUAUCCGAUCUAUUACCCUCAAGACAAGGUGGGUAUUUGUUGGAGUAAUAUUACACUUGGAUAUUGCAAUAUCCAUUUCCAUAAGUUGAAAUGUGAGGACGGUAGAUCAUUAAAUAACAACCUAAAUGCUGAAAAGGGGUAAACAUUUUGUGUAAAAGUUCUAUGAAUAGUAACAAUUGUUAAUGAAAUGUUAAGACCAUUAGUCAUAUCAAUCAAGAGAAGAGAGAGUAAUGUUUUAAGCUUAACCCUUUCACCACUGUAGACCAUAAUGGACUAGUACUCAUCCAGAUCAAUGUACGGUAGAGUCUACUAAAGUUACCUAGGGGUGAAAGGGUCAAGUACAGCAUCUUUUCUAAUCCUCCAUUUUAUAAAACAUUUCAAACAAAAAAGUUGUUUAAAUAUUGUCCUCAGGUCUAGUAAAGGGGGAUUUCACUGUGUGAAUGAUUGCUUUUUUUGCGUUGAGUAAAAUAGUGCAAAAAUAUCUACACACAAAUACAUGCACAUAUUUAUUUAUAGACUAUGGAAAUAUAGAACAUAUAAUUUUAAGAUCCAUUUCCACACUGCGAUCAGUUGUACGAGUCACAACGCGAACAUUUCAACAUGCGAAGAUUUUCAGUUUCGCAGUAUUUCACAACCAUUGCUGGUUAUAAUACAUGUAUUACAAAAUCCCGUUCGUGAUCAGUUUCCCCCACCAAUUGAGGCGUCUUAACUUUUUAACAGUUAAAAUAUAAGACCUUUACUUAUAUGUACUUAAGUUCUCCAGUGGGAUGAAUUAAAAGUGAAUUAAAAGUGAAAACAAUUUUUUCAAUCAAAUAUCAUUUAAAAUAGAUUCACUUGACAAAAUAUUCUGAAAUCUUGACCAUGGUUGUGUAUGAAUUUGCAUGAGUUUGAAUGUGUGUAAAGGUUGAAUUGACCUCAGUUGUUGAUUAUAUUUAUUGCUAAUUAUUUGUUAUCACUGUGUCCACAUUGUAAAUACUGUGUACCGGGAAAUUUUCGCUGCAGUUAAAUUUUCGCUUUUUUCGCCUGAUGUAAUGAGGAUUAAUUUAUCAUUACAGCCAACAUCAGUAAACAACGUGAUAUGUAUAGUAAUUAAAUGUGAAGGGCAAAAUUAACACUGGGCACACAAUAUGGAUUAUUCUGGCAAAGGGCUAAAGUUUGACUGGGGAAAAAUUCUCCAGUGUACAGUAACUGUAAAGGAUUCAGAGUUAGAGAUAGAACAGAGUAAUACCAGUAACCUCUUGCAGUUCUUUUCCAUGUUUUCAUUGUUUUCCAUUCAUGAUGUGACGUAUUGUAUAUACAGUUUCGCGUGUAUGUGUGAACCAAAAUGUGGAUAAUAUUUAUGCAUCAAGAUUGUUGCCUUUCUGUUCAAAACUUAUCUUGAAUGAAACUUUCAUUAUUUAUUUUCAAGUGUGGAAAUUUGCAAAUAAUUUUCUUUAUUAAUUAUUUUUUCAAAAUUUAUACUUACUACGAAAUGUGUGUCAUCUUUGGAUACCCAGAGAUAAUCUCUUAUGUACUCUUAAUUCACUUCAUGAAUGGAGCAUGUGUCUUCAGGGGUGAAUUGGUAAAAAUGGUCAAACGGUAAACAGCAAGAAGUGACACAUAAUCCAAGCUUAUAAAAAUCAUCAACAUUUUUGUUAGUGAAGAUGCCUUAGUUUCUUUUCAAAACGAUAAAACCAAUGGUAAGAUUAUAUAAUUAUUUUCCCUGGAUAGAACUUUCAAAAAAAAAACCAACACAGAAUUUUUAGGUUGGCACAAAAGCAGAAACAUUAUUUUUGUUUUGUGUAAGCUUGAUGCAGAACCUGUCGACAACAUUUUGAUUUUUCUUGAUUUGUUGUUAGAGUAAAUGUUGAUGUUUUGCAUUAUAUACACAGCUGAAUCUCCUGUUAACAGCAAGUGAUAUAGUUUUCAGUGUAUUUUGAUGGAUGGAAUCAUGUUCGACUUAAGUAAUCCUUUUAAUUCUGAGUUUUAGAAAGUUCUAGCGCCCUCAUUGGUACUUGUACUUGUUGAGUAAUCUCUUAGAUUGCAGCUAUAAAGACCAGUUAAAUAGCAAGAGCUACUCUUGAUUGCAGCUCCAGAAAUGAUAGUCAAUUCUAUAUGAACAUUAGAGUUUUGUCACUUCAGACGAAAAUACUUUGAUUCAGGAAUUGUACCUAUCUUGUAGAUCUAGAAACUUUGUUGUUGAAGACAACUUUGUGUGGAUGAAAUCAAAGGGCGAGAAGAACACGGUUCAAACAUGAACACAUUUUUCUUGCAUUUUAUUUGCAUCAAUACGAAAAACUCAUGCUUGUCAUGAAAGGUUUUAUGCAGUCAUAAAUCGGUACCCCUGCCAAUUGGUUCUUUCAAAAAGAAAACAUCAGCAUAUUUUACGGACAUCUUCUUUAGGUGAGAUUUACAGUAACACGAAAAUUCAUCUGGUUUGUACUCGCAUGUAAAAUGUGUGUGGAAAACUUUAAGGUUAAAAGGCAGAAAAAAGGAUUUGCUUCUAUAGUUUACACAAUUCUGUAGUUCUUUCUGCUCAAACUGUUGUCUAGAGUAUCAAGAAAAUAAAUAUUAGAUGUAAAAUAGGCA